AGUUGAAACUGGGUCUAUAGAAUGUGAAGGAGCCUUCGCAGCGAAAGAGGCAGUACGAUCCAGCAGCGAAUAAAUACGGCAGAGACAAGCGCGAUGUUGCGGGUAAGUGCGUGUCGGCGCGCCAUCUUCGACGCCUGCUACGUCCUCAACCUCGAUCGCCGCCCCGAUCGCUGGGCACACGCGCAGCGCCAAAUCGCGCGCGCCAAGCUGCAAAAGUUUUUCAAGCCGCACGUUGACGUCACUCGUGUGAGCGGGGUGGACGGGGCGACCCUCGACGUGGCGGAGCUGCACCGCAGCGGCGUCCUCACCGACCUGGGCUACGAGCGUUAUCAACUUCCUACGGCGCAGAAGCUGUUUGGUAUGGACUUGACGAACGGCGCGAUUGGCUGUGCGCUGGGGCACCGUGCGGUGUGGCAGCGUGUGGUGGCGGCGCAACAAAGGUGCGCGCUCGUGCUAGAGGACGACGUGGAGUUUCACCACCGCUUCGCCCGGCAGCUGCAGGAGCGGUGGACGCGCGUGCCGGCAGACUGGGGUGUGGUGCACCUCGGUGGACUGGACCUGCUCGCUGCCGGCAAGCCGCCCCGACCCUACGUCGCGGAGGGCGUGCGGCUUGCCUAUCAGGGUCACCGGGAGCUGACGGCGUACGUCGUGCACGCCGCGGCGGCGCAGCGUUGUUUGGACUUGUCACUGCCCAUGACGUGGCAGGUGGACACGCACAUCAGCAGCUGCCUCGCCGACGACCCAAAGGCGCAGGACAAGUACAUUUGCGACCCAAAAAUGUACGUCUUCCAGCCCUCGCUGGUCAUUCAGCUCACCUCUCUCGGCACCGAUGUGCAGAAGAAGGCGGCGGCCAACCCGGCCUUGGAGGAUGCGGCACGCCGCAUGCGGGAGUUCAUCGGCGGUGGGACGUCCGUGCGUUGA